CUUCAUUUUGAAGCUCUUUCUCAUAGUUUUCAUGCAUAUUCACUGAGCCAUAGAAUCCUUUUCUUGAGCUGUUUCCCUUUCUUCCUGUGCCACAAACAUGAAAGGCAUAGACUUCUCCUGUGCAUCUCCAGCUUCCACAGCCAUAUGUUCAAGCCUGGAUCAGGCUGCUAUGGUCCGACAUGGCACUAGGCCGGUCAGCCGCCACGGCCACCAUCUUGAUGGCUGGAGAAAAGGCUUAAAUCAUGCCCCUUGCACAUCUCAGCUACCCUUUGAUCCCAAGCCUUACUAUCAGAAAAACCGAAGAAGUUCUGCUAAGCAGGGUGAGCCGAGGAGGAAUAGCUCAGCUGAUGUGAGUAACCUGGCCAGUCCUCCUGGUUCUUCUAGGUAUCUCCUAAGUGACAGUCCGUUCUUGGACUUGUUAUCCGAUUCAGAUCAUUCGAAAGCAUUGGUUCCUAGCCAGUGCUCGACAAGGCCAAGGCAUAUGAGUUCGAACCAUUCUCCAUGUUUCAAGUCUUCAUCAACCAAUUCCCGCCAUUCAGAUCACGACAAAGCAUUGGUUAUUCCUAGCCACAGGCAGCUGCACUCUAAUGAUUCUCCAUCUUUAACAUCUUCAACUCCUCGCCAGAGGCAACUGCAUUCCAUUGAUUCUCCAUCUUUAAAAUCUUCAACUCCUCGCCAGAGGCAACUGCGGUCUAUUGAGUCUCCAUCAUUAAAAUCUUCAACAACUCAUCCUCGCCCCCACGAUCAGGUUGUGGAAUUAAGGGUAUCAAUCCAUUGCAAGGGCUGUGAAGGAAAAGUCAGAAAACACAUCUCUAGAAUGGAAGGUGUGACAUCUUUUAGCAUAGAUUUGGCCUCAAAGAAGGUGACUAUCAUCGGGAACGUGACACCGUUGGGAGUACUCACAAGCAUUUCGAAGGUGAAGUACGCGCAGUUUUGGCCAUCUCCAACUUCAUCAUCUUUGCUCUCACCAUGACCAAAGGUUGGCCUUGGCUACUAAUCAAAAACUCUCGACAAUGGAUUCUAAACAGUGUAAUAAAUCCACUAGCUUGAAGUCUGUAAGGGUUUGUGUUUGAGACUUCGGGGAAUUUAAAUAAUUUACUUGCUAAUUGUGUGUGUUAUUUGAUGUAAAUUCGAAGCCUAUAAUGGGAUAAGAAGCACAUCUUCAGGUUGUUCUAAAAAAUGAGAAGUGGUGAAAGAUGAUGUUUGGUUCUCUUCUGCCCUCUGCUCAAUCAUUCCUUGGAAGAAACAACUGUGCCCUUUUUUCUAAUAUUCCCUUUUCCUUUGUUUAAAUUUUGAAAACCUGCUCAGGCUGGCAAAGUUUGUCUCUGGACAUGUAUUCUAGUUUACUAAGCUGGCAAGUUCUGUCUCUGAACAUGUAUUCUAGUUUACUAACUCCCAAAAAUACAUUCACAGACUGCUUCAUUGCGUAAGCUUGAUGCUUUUUUACUUACUGAAAAUCGAGAUUC